AUGGCAAAAGACCUUCAAGUCCUGCCACCCAGCGCAGGGUACGGCAUUGUUAUCGGCAUUGGAGGCAUUUUCGCCCUGUUCAUGCUCAGCCUGACCUGGCUACAAAAUCGAUAUACCCGAUUCUCGACUCACCAAGCUGAAGAAUUCAAUACAGCGUCACGAUCUGUCAAACCAGGACUGAUCAGUGCUGGGAUCGUCUCCUCGUGGACCUGGUCUGCAACUUUAUUGACAAGUUCCACGUUCGCAUAUGAAUAUGGAGUCUGUGGACCGAUGUGGUAUGCCGCCACCGGGACAUUGCAGAUUCUCUUGUUUGGUUUGAUUGCCAUCAAGAUUAAGCUUAAUGCUCCCGGUGCGCAUACGAUGCCUGAGAUUGUACUCUCUCGCCAUGGCAUGAUAGCGCACCUGACGUAUCUUUACUAUGGACUUGCGACCAAUAUGCUUGUUGGCGCUUGUUUGGUUCUUGGAGGUGCACAGGUUGUGGGUGCUCUGACUGGUAUGAGUGUUUACGCGGCGAUUUUCUUGAUCCCCGCUGUCGUCGCGGCAUACGUUAUUGCAGGUGGACUACGCUCUACUUUUAUUGCUGAUUAUACACAUACUGUUAUUCUUUUCGUGGCCAUCUUGGUUUUUGGGUUCUUGCUCAACGCCACCAGUGACUUGGUUGGUAGUCCAGCGAAGUUGUACGAUCUUCUGCAAGAAGCAUCGAAGACUAUGCCGAUCGCACGCAACACCGGGGGGUCUUAUCUCUCAUUUCGGUCUGUCGGGGGUCUCAUAUUUGCUUGCGAUCUGUUUGUCGCUGGCUUUACGACUGUUUGGCUUGACCAAGCGUAUUGGCAACGUGCCAUUGCCUCGAAGCCGGAGACGUCCGUUAAGGCAUACAUCCUUGGUGGUAUUGCCUGGUAUGGGAUUCCAUUCGGGUUUGCCACUGUCAUGGGCCUAGGCUGUGCAGCGCUGACGGGCAACCCAAGUUUUCCUACUUACCCCAACCCGUUAUCCUCUGCACAAGUUGAAGCAGGACUCUCGGCCCCUGCCACAGCGAUCGCACUAAUGGGCAAAGGUGGAGCCGUCCUAAUGCUGAUAUUGCUAUUCAUGGCAGUGACCAGCUCCACAUCCGCUGAACUGAUCGCUGUAUCGUCGCUGUUGACAUUUGAUGUGUACAAGACAUACUACCGACCGAAUACCAGUUCCGAAACUCUAGUCAAAGUCAGCCACUGGGCCAUCGCAUGCUAUGCGAUUGUUCUCGCCUCAUUUUGCUGUAUUCUGAAUGCAGUCGGUAUCAGUCUUACCUGGGUUCUAACCGUGUUGGGCGUCAUUGUCGGUGGCGCUGCCCUUCCGGUUGGCAUGAUCCUUCUAUGGGAGCCCAUGUCCACAGUAGCGGCCAUCGCUGCUCCAUGGAUUGCCUUCAUCUGUGGCCUUAUAUGCUGGUUUAUAACCGCAUGGAAGCGCAGUGGUGCUAUUACUGUUGCGACCACUGGAGAUACUACCAAUGCAGUAGCUGGAAACCUGGCGUCCUUUGGGAUGGGAUUCAUCAUGGCUGUUGUUUUGACAUAUCUGUUCCCGAAGAAGCAUGCCCCUCCAACAGUGAUUGUGGCCGCUGUUUCUGGCGUUCCGACAUCCUCUAAUGACGCUGGUCAAGACUCGUCUCCCCCUGUUGAGAACGGCGAGGAAAAGAGCGAGGCUGGAAAGGGCAAUGUCCCUGCGAGCGCAACCGAAGUUGCGACCUCGACAAUGAAUGAGUUGGUAGAGUACCUCAACUCCAGCAAUAUUGAGCCUAUAGAUCCUGUCCUCGCACGAAAAGGCGAGCGCAUUGCUUGGGUUGCUAACGCGAUAUUCUUUUUUGGCGCUGUUGUCAUGGUUCCGUUUACGCUUUUCGGCACGGGCUAUAUCUACAGCAAACCCUUCUUCACUGGUUGGGUAGUUGUCUCCUUCCUCUGGAUUUGGAUCAGCGUUUUUAUCUGUGUCGUUUAUCCUAUUGUUGAAAGUGCGGGAGCUUUGGGAAAUAUAUCGAAAGGGGUGUGGAUGGACCUGAAGGCGUUGGGUGGGUACCGAAAGGAGAGGACCACGAGUCCUGUUCCUGCUUGA